AUGGGAGAAGUGUGGACCGGUUUGAUGCAGUCAGUCGGAGCAAGUAGGAAGGUAUUUGAAUACAUCGAUCGCGUGCCAAAGAUUCUCCACUAUGGAACGGCUCAGCCAUCGCUUUUGAAGGGACGCAUUGAGUUCCGUAAUGUCCAUUUCAGUUAUCCUACGAGAAGCAAUUUGCCAAUUCUCCGCGACUUAUCGUUCACAGUUGAACCUGGAGAGACGGUAGCUCUUGUCGGUCCAUCCGGAUCUGGGAAAUCGUCAUGUAUUGCUUUGCUGGAAAAUUUUUAUCAGCCGAACGCUGGUCAAGUUCUCGUCGAUGGAGUACCUUUAGAGGAUUACGAGCACCAUUACAUUCACAGAAAAAUUGCUCUCGUCGGGCAGGAACCUGUGCUUUUCGCCCGUUCUGUAACUGAAAAUAUUCGCUACGGUGUCGACGUCAUGGAAUCGGACGUGGUAAGAGCAGCUGAGCUGGCCAAUGCACACGGAUUUAUCAUGCAAACAACGAUGAAAUACGAGACCAAUGUUGGGGAAAAAGGCAGCCAAAUGUCGGGUGGUCAAAAGCAACGGAUAGCCAUAGCUCGAGCCCUGGUUAGAGAGCCAGCCAUUCUUCUACUCGACGAGGCUACCUCGGCCCUAGAUACGGAGUCUGAGCACCUGGUGCAGGAAGCCAUUUACAAAAACCUCGACGGAAAAAGUGUGAUUCUGAUAGCCCAUCGAUUGUCUACGGUCGAAAAAGCCGACAAAAUCAUUGUCAUCAAUAAGGGCAGAGUAGAGCAGAUAGGAACGCACGAAGAACUGCUGAGGAUUCCGGGUACAUACGCUUCACUUGUUGCUAGACAAAUGAUGGGCGAACAACAACGACCACGGCCAGCCCAACUCAUGGCUUCCACUCAAUCAAGGGCCAUCAGCGUCAGCGGUAGUCAUCACGUUGCACCAUCUCUGUUGUCCUCAAGUUUUACGCAUUCAGCAAGUAGUGUGACGUCACGCUAG